UUUGCAGCACGCAGGGUAGUACUGCCUGAAAGCUACGAGGCCAGCGACCCAGCGACUCUGGAACCUCAGUCCUCUCCUGAUCUGUCAUUCAGAAGUAGUAAGUCAGGUUACAUGUCAUUAAACGUUCUGUGGUGCUGCAACAAUGAAGAUCAGAAUCCUGUUAUGGGUGAAGACAACAGGAACUCCUCCAGAAGUACUUUUCUAUUGGAAGAUCUAAGCAAGCAGCAAGCGAUACAGUUUCUGUUAGGCCCUCUCCCUCACCCGGUCUUCAAAGCCUGUCUUUGUCCUCUAUGAAGAAGCUUUGUUGCCAAGACUCGCUGUGAAGAUGACCCACACUACUGAAUGCAGUUGUCUGCAAAUGUAGGAGCCAACAAAUGCUAUGUCCUGCCUUCCCCUGACUUUCCUCUUUCUCAUGGAAUAUAUAUUUCUAAAGUGUUUCUAGAUCUUUACUGAAGAUGUUUGGAUUAUAGCUAUGAGCAUAUCUAUGCAAGGAGAUGAGCAAGCCUGAGCAAUGCUGAGCACUCUCAGCUCUGCAUCCUGUUGGCUGAACUCAAGAUAAACAAGAGCAACCUUUCUGACCUGUGCCCAGAGCAUCUGGGUGACUGAAAAGGAGGAGAAAAUGAAAUGGGUACAGAUCAGCCUGAUCUUGAAGGCUUUGCCCUGAAGUCUAUCUUGCUUCCAGCCCUGACAGCUGGCCAGAAGUCCCUGGAGAAAAUGUGCCUUCCCAAGAGCCUCUCAGUUAUUCUUUUUGUUCAGUGGAGGGACUGCUGUAUGUCAGCCAUGCUAAAGGGCAAGUGAUGGAGGCAAGUAUUAGUUUAUAUAUUCGUGGUUAUCUCAUACUGUUUUUUACCAGUUUCGCCUUUUCAACUGCUUUGUUUCUUUCCCACUGCUGCUGUGAAAUAACUGCACAAGUGAAAGACUGUAUGGGCAUGUUCUGGGAGGGAAUCAUGUUAUAUGAUCUGCUCAGUGUGACUGUGGAUAUGGAACGACUAACUGUCCCUGAUGUACUGUAUGCUCAUACAAAUGAGAAGUGUGUGUUCCUGAGCUUCAUCCUGAAGGCACUGCUUUUCCUCCCUCAAAUAUAGAACAUAGAGUUGUUACGAGUCGAAAGCAACCACAAGGCUUCAAUGUUAUUGCAAAUAGAUGUGCUAAUUUAUUCUGCUGAUUCACGGUUCUUCUCAUUUAUGAGUAAAGCAAAUGGUUUUUCUCUGCAAAGCUAGAUACUGGUACAAAUAAGUAGCUCUAAGGACCUUCGUACCAGAAAUGCUCUUUGAAAAGCUGUGUUCAGACUCACAACAGACUCACCAUACAGAAAUGUGAGCAGAUGACCACAAAGCUUCUAUAGGAGCUUUCUGAGUUAUAAGUCAGUGUAAUGUCAGCAGUCGUUCACAGAACACAUGGGCAUGGCAGUGACAUGUUUGUGAACUAACUGGGCUGAUUUGUUUCAUGUGAGUUUGUAGAUUGAAACAGAGCUAAUUGGAGCAGUUGAUGGUUUCCAGCGGCUAAUGAAUUCAUGGAACUUCAGUUAGAAGAGGUGAUACUGCAUUAGAUCAAGUACUGCCAGUGGUAAUUUGCAUAGAAAGCAUGUAGCAGAUAGUAAAAAUGAUGGGCGAGGAAUAUGUUGGACAUCUCUGUUCUGAACUACAGCUUUUCUGUGAGACCAAACUGAAAAAUGAAUGCCAAGGGAGUUAGCUAAAAUGGAAAAGGCAGUUAUAGGUCAGCUGUCAAGGCUGUAUUUCGUACGGCAAGUAAUUCUGGGACUCCUGUUUUUUUAGCCAUUGAGUUUUGUUCACUUAACUGUCUGCUUUUUUGUUUUGAGUUUCGUUCACUUCUGUCUGCUGGAUGAUGAGAAAAAUCUAGUUGUGCCUUUUUUUCUCAAAACAAAUUAAUAUGGACAUGCAAUUCAACUUCAUGAGAAUCAGUUACAUUAGGAAAAAGUAGAAGCAACGAUAAGCAUGAGAUCACCGUGGCACAGCUGCAUGUGUAGUCACUCUUGAAGCAAUUGCACACCUAAUUGGCUGACAAUCUUGGCAUUUUUAAAACAAACACAAGCCUUUUAAAGACAGGGGACAUGUUUAUUUACGAAUAGUCAAAUUAACCUGUGGGGUGUCAUCAAUGGAGCCCUCUGGCAGUGAACAGUUGUGCGAUGACCCUGAUCCUGGAGGCAAAUCCCAAGAUCAAGAGACCAAAAAACAACACGAAUCAGAGCAAAAAUUAUCCAAAAUAACCCAUAACGCUUUGGAGAACAUUAAUGUGAUUGGUCAAGGCUUGAAGCACCUCUUCCAGCAUCAGCGCAGGAGGUCAUCAGUUUCUCCACAUGAUGUUCAGCAAGUUCAGGCUGAUUUGGAGUCUGACAUGGAUUUGGAAAGCCAAAGCGCCUGUGCUGAAAUUGAUGGUGUCUCCACCCACCCUACAGCUCUGAACCGAGUGCUUCAGCAGAUCAGAGUGCCACCCAAAAUGAAGAGGGGGACGAGCCUGCACAGCAGGCGGGGCAAGACGGACCCUCCCAAAGGAAGCCCACAGAUCAACAGGAGGUCUGCACAAGAUAUGCAAUCAGGUCGUCCCAGAUCGUCGUCCACUACAGAUGCUCCCACAAACUUGUCCGUGAUGGAGGUUGCUUCUUCUGUCUGUGUAGGUGGAGAGGAGGCCACGGCAGCAAUUGAACGACUGGAAGUCAGCAGCCUAGCACAGACCUCCAGUGCAGUGGCCUCAAGCACUGAUGGCAGCAUCAAUGCAGACUCUGUUGAUGGCACCCCAGAUCCGCAGCGUACAAAAGCAGCCAUCACACACCUGCAGCAGAAGAUACUGAAAUUGACCGAGCAGAUCAAAAUCGAACAAACAGCCCGUGAUGACAAUGUGGCAGAGUACCUGAAGCUAGCCAACAAUGCAGACAAGCAGCAGAGCGCCCGCAUUAAGCAGGUGUUUGAAAAGAAAAAUCAAAAGUCUGCCCAGACGAUCUUGCAGCUGCAGAAGAAGCUAGAACAUUACCAUCGAAAGCUGCGAGAAAUUGAACAAAAUGGAAUCCCUCGACAGCCAAAGGAUGUCUUCAGGGAUAUGCACCAGGGAUUGAAAGAUGUUGGAGCGAAAGUCACUGGAUUCAGUGAGGGAGUAGUAGACAGUGUUAAAGGUGGGCUUUCCAGUUUCUCCCAAGCCACACAUUCAGCAGCAGGAGCUGUGGUUUCCAAACCCCGGGAGAUUGCCUCUCUCAUCAGGAACAAGUUUGGGAGUGCGGACAAUAUUGCUAAUCUGAAAGACUCCUUAGAAGAAGGCCAGGAAGAUGGGACAGGAGGCAAGGCUCUAGGUGUUAUCCAGAACUUUCAGUCAAGCCCAAAAUAUGGCAGUGAAGAGGACUGCUCCAGUGCUACGUCAGGCUCAGUGGGAGCCAACAGCACAACAGGGGGCCCUGUGGGAGCUUCCAGCUCCAAAACAAACACUCUGGAUAUGCAGAGCUCAGGGUUUGAUGCAAUACUACAUGAGAUUCAAGAAAUUCGAGAGACACAGGCAAGACUGGAAGAGUCAUUUGAGGAUCUUAAGGUUCGCUAUCAGAGGGAUUACUCAUUAAUAAUGCAGACUUUGCAGGAGGAACGGUACAGAUGUGAAAGACUCGAAGAGCAGCUAAAUGACCUGACUGAGCUCCAUCAGAAUGAGAUCCUGAAUCUGAAACAGGAGCUGGCCAGCAUGGAGGAGAAAAUUGCCUAUCAGUCUUAUGAGCGAGCCCGGGACAUCCAGGAGGCCCUGGAAGCAUGCCAGACCCGCAUCUCCAAGAUGGAGCUACAGCAGCAGCAGCAGCAGGUGGUGCAGCUGGAGGGUCUGGAGAAUGCCACAGCCAGGAACCUGCUGGGGAAGUUUAUCAAUAUCCUCCUGGCUGUCAUGGCCGUCCUCCUUGUCUUCGUCUCCACUGUGGCCAACUGCGUCGUGCCCCUCAUGAAAACUCGCAAUAGGACGUUCAGCACUUUAUUCGUAGUGGUUUUCAUUGCCUUUUUGUGGAAGCACUGGGAUGCCAUCUCUGGCUACUUGGAACGGUUUUUGUCUCCCUCCAGAUGAUGCCAUGAGGAAUCGGCUGCAUCGCCCCCUCCCAGCACACUCUGUGAGCAAGCGUGGCAAAGAUUAGUCAGCAACUACUCCGCUGAAGUUUUAAAGUGUCUGAGUGAAUUUGUUUACAUUUAGAAUAACGUUUUUUCUCUGCGAGAUGCAUUGCAAUAGUAUUUUUUAGAUUUUAUUCAAGAACUCUUUUUGGCGAGAAUCCCGGAUAAUUUUUAUGUAGCAUGGUUCUCUUUGGAUGCAAAUCUUAAGAUUCUUUAAAGUGUACAAAAUAAAUAAAUAAAACACAGAAAUUUGGAGCAUACCAAUGGGCAAUUUAAACUGUGGCUUGAACUACUGUACUAAACCUGUCAGGAAGAGGAAAAUGUGAUUAACUUAGGAUGAGCAAAAAUAAAUGUAGUGCACGCAGCCUUGAGGGAUGGUACCACAGCAAACCUGUAACACUAAACUUUUACUGUGAAGUCUGCUCACAUUCCAUGUCCAAUUGUAUGGGUUCGGAGUGGUUUCUUUACCAGAAAACAAAACAACGUGUGGAUCUCUUUCCCGACUCA